AUGACUAUCGAUUUACAAGAUUUAAUUUCAGAUUUUGCAGAGAAAGAUCCUGAUUUUCACAUGACUGAUAAUUUACAAGAUUUAAUUCAAGAUACUUCAGAGAAAAAUCCUGAUUUUCAAAUGACUGAUAAUUUACAAGAUUUAAUUUCCGAUUUUGUAGAGAAAAAUCCUGAUUUUCACAUGAAUGAUAAUUUACAGGAUUUAAUUUCAGAUACAUCAGAGAAAAAUCCUGAUCUUCAAAUGACUCAUGAUUUACACGAUUUAAUUUCAGAUUCUGCAGAGAAAAAUCCUGAUUUUCGCCUUAUGACUCAUGAUUUACAAGAUUUAAUUCCAGAUACUUCAGAGAAAAAUCCUGAUUUUCAUAUGACUGAUAAUUUACAAGAUUUAAUUUCAGAUACUUCAGAGAAAGAUCCUGAUUUUCAGGAUAUAAUUUCAGAUUCUGAAACUAAAAAUCCUGAUUUUAACAUUAUGAUUCAUGAUUUACAAGAUUUAAUUUCAGAUUAUGAAGAGAAAAAUUCAGAUCUUCAAAUGACUCAUGAUUUACACGAUUUAAUUUCAGAUUCUGCAGAAAAAAAUCCUGAUUUUCAUGUUAUGACUAUCGAUUUACAAGAUUUAAUUUCAGAUUCUGUAGAGGAAAUUCCUGAUUUUCACAUGGAUGAUAAUUUACAAGAUUUAAUUUCAGAUACUUCAGAGAAAAAUCCUGAUCUUCAAAUGACUCAUGAUUUACACGAUUUAAUUUCAGAUUCUGCAGAGAAAAAUCCUGAUUUUCACGUUAUGACUAUCGAUUUACAAGAUUUAAUUUCAGAUUCUGUAGAGGAAAAUCCUGAUUUUCACAUGAAUGAUAAUUUACAAGAUUUAAUUUCAGAUACUUCAGAGAAAAAUCCUGAUCUUCAAAUGACUCAUGAUUUACACGAUUUAAUUUCAGAUUCUGCAGAGAAAAAUUCAGAUCUUCAAAUGACUCAUGAUUUACAGGAUUUAAUUUCAGAUUCUGCAGAAAAAAAUCCUGAUCUUCAAAUGACUCAUGAUUCUCAAGAUUUAGUUUCAGAUUCUGCAGGGAAUAAUCCUGAUCUUCAAAUGACUCAUGAUUCUCAAGAUUUAGUUUCAGAUUCUGCAGGGAAUAAUCCUGAUCUUCAAAUGACUCAUGAUUCUCAAGAUUUAAUUUCAGAUUCUGAAGGGAAUAAUCCUGAUUUUCACGCGACUCAUGGUGUACAAGAUUUAAUUCAUGAUUCACAAAAUUUAAUUCAUGAUUCACAAAAUUUAACUCAUGAUUCACAAAAUUUAACUCAUAAUUUACAAAAUAUGAUUUUUAAUAUACAAGAAGUGCCUUCUGAUUUACAAAAUAUAAAUUCCUAUAUUCCUGAUUUAACACAUUCAAAUUAUAUAAUAUAUAAUUCAGAUAAUUUAAGUUUUAAUUUACAAAAUUUAUAUACUAAUUUUCAAAAUACAAACUAUUAUUUGAUAAAUACAUUACCAUGCUCACAAAAUUUGGGUUUUUAUUUACAAAAUGAUUCCACUUUUUUGCAAAAUAUUGCUUGUAAUUUUGAAAAUGACACUUCUAAUUUACAAAAUUAUACUUAUUACAUAGGGGGUAUCAUACCUGAUACAGGAUGUUUAGUUAGUAGUAUAGAAGAUACAACAUUCAAUCCAAACGAUUUGCAAUUUCAAAAUGAUUUUAAUGUUUUACAAAAUAUUAACUCACAUUCAAAAAAUACUAUUGACAUUUCACAAAAAUUAAUACAAAAUAUACAAAAUAUUACCUCCAUAUUACAAAAUAUGCACGGUAGUUUUGUGGAAAUAUCUUCUGAGUUGAAUACGUGGAAUUGCGGUUUAGAUGAACCAUUAUCUACUUUACAAGAUACAUCUGAUGAUUCAUCAGUAGAAUCGUAUGUAUUUUUUUUAGAUAUUUUUUCAUUAAACUAUGGUUUAAAUACUAUAUAUAUGCAUAUUUUAUUUUUUAUUUUUAGUGACAGUCCACAUUCUCAUUCUAGCUAUAAAUUCAAUGAAGAAAAGGGGUCCCUAUAUAAGAAAAAAUUUAGAAAAAAUUCUGGGAUUCAAUUAACAAAAGAUGAAAAAGAUGGCGCUAAAUAUAUCAAAAACUUUGUUUCAUUACUUGAGGAACGAAUUUUUAAAAUUGGAUUUAAAAAUUUUGCGAAAUAUAUAUUACCUAUUUUAGGUAGUAUAUUCGAAGUAUUAUUUAAAAUAUAUUAUGAAUCACUAAAUAUAUUUAAUUCAUGUACAAGUUCAUUAGAAAAAAACAUAGAAAAAGAAAUAAAAAAUGUUGACCAUGAAGAAUUAAUGAUAAUUAUGGUAUAUUAUAAUUAUGUUAUUAAAAAUGAAAACUAUAACCCCAGAGAUGUUGCAGAAUUUUCUCGUUCACUUAAAAAUAAGGUAAAAUGGUCUUUUACAAAACGCAGUAAAAUAUUAAAAACAAUAAAUUCGUGCGUGAAGAAUCUUAAAAUUUUAAAAAAGAGAAUUGAAUUCGAAAAAAACACAAUUAAAAAAGUACAAGGAAUUUUAUAUGAUACCAUAUGUAAUCAAAUAAUUUUUGCAAAAUUUCUAUAUCAAACAGAAAGAACAUCCAUCUUUUAUAAAUCAAUUGAAAGCAUAGGUAAUUUAAUAGACAUCAUUGAAACAUCACUUAAAGAAGGUCAGUUACCCUCAGAUUAUAGUCCUUUAUAUAUUGCUAGAAAUAAUAUACAUAAUACUUCUGCUACUCUUGCUAUUAGUAAAUACGUAAAAACAGUUUUAAAUGAUUUAAAAGAUUUAAAAUUGUCAAAUAAUGAUCAUGAAAUAAAUUUAAAAAUUGUUUUUCAUUUCAUUAAUGAAAAAAAUAUGAUAAAUAAAACACAAGUAAAAGAAAUGAUUAAUGAUAAAAGUAAAUCAGAAAUCACAGAAGUCAUUCAUAAUAUUUUACAAGAAGAAGAAAAGUAUGUAUCAGAAUCUGGUGAUAGGGCUUCACAUUAUUUUAAUAUAAAUACAGAUGAACUAUUUUUAAAUAAUACAGUUAUAAAUGAUUUAUUAGAAGAUAAAAAAAGCAAAGGCAAAUUAUAUAAACUUUAUAAAGAUAUUAUGAGAUUAAUUAAAUAUAAAUCUCUUGAUCGCCAGUUGCAUUUAAUUAUGAAAUUAUAUAUGUCAUUAAAAAAAAUGUAUUUACCAAAAAAUAAGAAAAAUAAAGAUAAAACAGUAUUUAUAACAGAUGAUGAGCAGAAGAAAAUGCUCUUAGAAUUAGAAUACCAAAAAAAGUUAUUUAGUGAAAUUAAAUUAAACUUGAAAUGUAGAAGUAUAUUUUCUGGUUUAAAGCAAAGCAUCUCAGAUUUUAGUAAAUUAUUGAAUUUUUUAAAUGACGCUGUGAAUACAAAUCUACUGAUUUUUAAAAUUCUUGAUAGAGUAAUUAAUUAUGGUUUAUUUUCUAAUGAAAAAAUAGAUAAUCCACAUGAAUUUGCAAAUGAGGGUUUAUUGUUCAUGCUAUUUUAUACUAAAGAAACGAUGAUUAAACUAACAUAG